AUGAGAAGCAGCACUUCCACGAGCACCUUGCGGGGUGGUCGCGAGCGCGCGGGGAGCAGCGCCAGUAUCGCGUCCUCGACUACGGCGUCCGUUUUGGCAGGCACGGGCAGGGCCUCCAGUAGCACGUCAACGACCACGACGGUCCAGGUCGGCGUCAGAUUGAAGCCAUGCGCAGACGCGAGCCGCACUCCCUUCGUUUUCGCCGAAGAGCGCGCCGUACGUGUGGAAUCCCCGAUAAGCCAGCAAUUUCGGGACUACGCGUUCGAUUACGUGUUCGACGCCGGAAGCACCAACGAACAAGUAGCCCAGCAGUUUGUCGGGCAGCUUGUCACGCAGGUACGUAUAAAUAUUCUGUCUCAGUACCAUCUCUUGUUCUCGGUUAUAAUGCAACGUAUCAUGUACAUGUCAAAGCCAAAAGUUAAAGUUUAAGUUUUUCUUUUUUGUUCUAAAUUGCUCGUGACACAUUGCUUUCUUUCGAGAGAAGUAUUUCGUGAUGCGUCGCUUCCUUCCCAUCCGCGACCUUUGGCUUGGCGUAUCUGCUUCAGGUAGCUAGUGGCGACACAGGCGCGGUACUAUGCUACGGGCAGACGGGGAGUGGGAAGACGCAUACAAUGGGACUAGAGAGCGGACAGGCGGAGGGCGUAAUGCCGUACUGCUUGAGUGAGCUGUUGCGGCGUGCUGACCCGCAUUCAGAUCUGCGGGGAUGCGGCGCACGAGGGGCAGCUGCAUUGGAAGUUCGACUAGAAUUUCUGCAGGUCUACCUCGACCAGGUUUAUGACCUCUUUUGCGCCGGCAAGAAGUUGCAGCUGCGAGAGGUGCCCCAGCUGGGUGUGAUGGUGGAGGGCAGCACCCUCGUAGAGGUCGACUCCUACGAAGAUGCAAGCGAAAUUCUGGAGCUGGCACUGCGCAACCGCUACGUGGGCGAGGUGCACCUGCGCACUAGUGCGGGCACGCCUCUCGCACAGUAUGCGGGGAAAUUGCUGCAGCCAGAGACGCACUCCUCCCAACUGGCGCAAGCAGAUGAGCUGGCACUGCUCGGGUUGACAAAGCACAUGUCCUCCCGCUCCCACGUUUUGCUGACUCUACACGUACGUCCGCGAGCCGCACCUGCUGCUGCGAAGUGGGAGGACGGAGGCGGAUACACCCAGCAAAAUGUGUCGGCAGCGCCGCCGCCGUCCGGGGGCAGUGUCAAGAACAUGGGGUCGGCAACAAGCUGUCCGAGUCAGCCGCCGUCCUCGCGGGCUUCGCUGGCGAGCGCCAGCGGGCACCGUGCUGGUGACGAUACGAGCGCCGAAGACAAUGCUGCCAAUCUUGCUGCGACUGAGCCGGAGAACUACGAUCAUCUGGUGGAAACCGGGAGCGUCGCGAGUGGCUACAACACGCUUGCAACAGACGCAAUAAACGCCGCUACGGAAAAUGGCAUCAACACUUCUACCCACCACGACAUGCGUAGCAGGAAGGGAAAGCAAGAGCCGCCUGCCAAAUGGUCACGCUUGGUUCUAGUGGACCUAGCUGGGUCCGAGCGUUCGAACGUAGGCGCGGGGCUGCUGGGCGAGCGGCACCACGAGCGAAAACUGACGGAAGCGAAAUCCAUCAACGCAAGCCUCGCUGCGCUGGGCAACGUCGUGAACAGUCUAUCACAAGCAAAAAAGGCGCACAUCCCUUGGCGGGAAAGCAAGCUGACGAAAUUACUUUGGGACGCGAUCCGGUAUCCGAGUCACGUGAAGAUCUUGUGCACCGUUGCGCGGGAACAGCAUGCAGUCUCCGAGACUGUCAGCACGCUUGGAUUUGCGAGUCGGUGCAAAAAGAUCGUGCAGCGACGACCCAGCCGCGUAGGUAAUUUGGUGGAUGGACGCGCCGGGGGGGGCAGUGGAAGCGGGGAGGAGGUAAACCUGCUGCGCGCUGAGGUAUUCAAGCUGCGCGAAGAGAAAAGCCAACUGCAGCAGAUGGUUGAGUCCCUUGCUCUCUAUAAUAAUCAGCAGGAGCCACAGCCAGGGGCAGCCGCAGCCGGCGGCGGAGCGACGUCCAGUACAGCAAGCGGACGGUGGUGCACCAGCAGGGCGCAAGCGAACGAGGAAGAGGCGGCAGGAGAAAUGUUGCGUCGAAUACAACCUUGCGAAUCUUCUACUUCCGGCAGCAUUUCUACUGAGGAGAUCCUGACUAAUCGUGCUCGUCACAUACGGAGAUCCAGCACCAAUCGCCGAGCUGAAGUCGCGAGGCUCGCUCCUGCUGAGACCGACGCCGGUCUCGAUGAAAAGGAAGAAGAGCAGAACACUUCGAGGACGACGCAGGCCACCAACCCGAACUCAACCUUGAAUAAAACGCUUGAGCUCAACGUUGGAAAGACGCUGCUGUUAGAAGAGCAGCCCGCUUCUAGCAUGCCGACUCAUCUGCAGCCUUCGCCUCUCUCCUCGCCAAAUCAGCGGACAUUGCUGGAAGACGAUGUUGCUGGAUCGUCGGCGGCUCUUUUUCUAACGAGCCCGCCCUCGCCACGAACCGAGCGAUCGAAUUCGGGUCCAGCGCCUACAAUGAUUCUUGCAGGCCACAGUUGCACAACGAGUUCUACCACUACUACUGCUGCCGCCCCCAACUACAUCAAGUUCAAGGAGGUCGAGGUAGCCGCGAUGGCCACUGCGACGGCUUCGGCGUCAGCUGCAUCUUCGUCCGUGGGUCCAUCCGACCCCAAAGCCUUUGUGUCACAGUUUCUGGACGCAGUCGAAGUUGCAACCAGUAGCGACCCGUACUACUGUAGAAGCCUUUGCCUAUGCCUUUAGAUAUGCCUUUGCAUAUGGACUAGCUGUACAUUUUUUUCCUCGUGUGGCACUACGCAUAUGCUUCUCAAUCAAAACCAUGUGUUCUUGAGAUGAUCGAUGGCAGAUGAGGCUGUUAUCGUAGUUUUGCAAUUUCGCUUUUCACAUCACCAUUUGCUUGGACCUUCCCCUGAAUGAUGCGAAAUUCUCACGGUCAGUACAGCUAGUACAUCAAUUACUCCAGGUCGUCUCUGGCGAAUUUGCCGGCCCUUCCACCAGGGAUACUGCCUGAUGACCUGUCCAGCAAGGCACAGCAGGUGUUGGACGAGGUACGAGGCCUGCGCCAGUAUGCGGCCUGGCAGAAAAAUUUGUCGGAGGAUUUGAUAAAGCAUUGCGCCAUGAGUACGAUGGAGCGGAAGGCGUCUACCCCCUGGAUACGGUCUCCGCGAGUACCGAGCGCCGGUGGGACGCCGCUGCACCAGUACCAUCCCGCCGCGCACGCGCAUCCACUCCCUGUCGCUGCGAAUGGUACGGGAAUGGCACAUAAUUUGAGCGUCGCCUCAAUGUUGCGCGGAGCUGCAGCCGCGGAGCCAUUUUCGACGCCGAACCCAGCGACAGUGAAAAAUCUGCUGCACCUCUCCACAUCAGCACAAACCGUCGUGCCCGGAACCGUGUUGCCACGAAGUAGUACAAGCACUGGCGGCGGCGCAAUGUCGUCCGAAUCGAGACAAAUCAACCCGAGCGCGAGUAAUUGCAGAGCUGGGGGGCGCGCAACAAUGCACAGGCUUCCUUCGUUCGACCUUGGCCGUACUUGUAGUGAAGAUACAACAGGCACCACGACCACGACAGGACAGCCCGCCGCGGUGUCUUCGGAAUGCAAAAGAACUGGUGAACAAUUCAUCAGCCCUCCACUACGCGAAAACACCACAGAAGAUGACAAAGACGACACAUCGCAGCAGGUGGCAGGUGACGUGGUGCGGGAGCAGGGGUUUCUCUCGGUUGAACUCAAAAGAGCUUUCAGCGCCUCCUCUAGCUCGACGAAGAUUGGGGCAAAAAUUACAGAGGAACCAAUAUUGAUGACUGCACCUCCACCAGACCUAGGAACUGGACAGAGUCAAUUCGACUCGUCUGCAAGGUCAAGAAUCGACGACAAGAAAAACGCUGCGGAAAAAGAGAACGGAAAAACUACGUCUGGCGAAUGGGAAAGAGAGGGUCCUCGCGCGCAGAAGAUGGCACCAGAGCAGUGCGAGCAGGAGCAAUUUCUGGAUUUGGAAAAGAUGACAAAGCAUUUGGACGUUGUGAUCGAGCGACGUACAAAAGCCGGAAAAACUCGCUUCACGCCUUACUCGGUCGAACCAACGCCCGAGUUGGUGCGUUCUGAGGAGCUUUCCGACGAUGCGGCUGCGGUCGUCUCCAUUUCCGGUAGUUUCGGCGACGAGACAGCCUUGUCUGGCGUAGUUCCUUCGGGCGCAACAGCCGCAGAACGGAACAAGAAAGCGGCGCACGCCGAACUUUUUGAUGACGCGACCGUGAAGAUCAAGCCGCGAGGAGGUGGAGCACGACUCGGGCGAGGAGAUGAGGACCACCUGCAGCAGUCUGCUUGUCGUGAAAGUGAUGAAGCCCCGGAGGGCUCUCAGGAGUCGAACACAAAACAAGUUUUACUACCACCGCGGCGUGCACUGCCGUCUCUUGAUGUCCUACACGCAAUGCUGGCGUCCUCGACAAGCACAGCAGAUAGAAACAAAUUUAGCCCGCAAAAGAGAAGCUACGGACCUCAAAACACAACUGCGGCUGUAGCGGCAGCAGGCACGUCAUAUUCGGGCGGAGGGAGGGCAACUGCUGUUCCUGUGCCUUUUUCAGAAGCACAAGCUGAUCCGCCCUCGACGUUCCAUACCAGUAGCACAAACGCCACCAAGGUGGCAUCGACGCGAGCCGGGCCUCCAAGACCGCUGCCGCGGCUGAAGCUCGACCUCCAAGCAACCACCAAGCGAAUGCGCUCCACAUCCCGAGGUGGCAGCACGAGCAAUGCUACUUAGCAGCUAGCACUGGUUGGUGCUGUCGUCUUCGAACCGAUGAAGCUUCCGGCCGUCUUGAUGUUCCGUCAGACGACCGGAAUCUAGCCCAGAAUUUUUUAGAAGACUACCCUGUACUAGCGAGAUAGCCGAUUUUAACCAAUUCCAAUUGAAUUUGAAACCGUUUUCGUGCGGUGAAAGUGAAAGUGAAGACGAAGAAGAAGAACGAAGACAAUGGCCGUUUUAUGGGAGACUGUAAAU